GAAACCUUUGGGGGAUGGGUAGAAUUGAGCGCACUAAUUAUGAUUGUGCGCAAGUUUAGUGUUUAGUCCAGCUUUACUUAAUUAAAAUUGACACUGAAGAGUCAUCUACUUUACACCUGCAGAGACGGACUCCACUGGAUCGUAAGUUGUUUUUAAAUUGCAUUAUGAGCUCUCGCGAAAAAUUAUCAUUUAUCUUUUGAAUCAUUGAAUCAUGGGAACACUUAAUAUAAUGUGGGUCCAUCUUGUUUUAUUCUUUCUCGACACUGUCAGUUAAGCAUUAUAUUAAGCCUGUAAUUAGAUUGGUAACACUUAAUAAGUCAUAAUACUAAAUAAAUUACAAAAAUAUGUCCAUUACUGUAAAAACAUGAGGCUGAAUAAGUGUUUUUUUUUUUUUGUUUGUUUUGUUUUUUACGUUUCAAGAUACCAUGUCUUUACCAAGAAAGUUACUUUGCCAUGUUGAGGGAAGACAAACAAAAAAGAAAACAAUAAAGUUGAUUAGGUGGCUGCAGAAGAAAAAACUCCUGAAGAAGAGGAUGAAGUGCCUUCUUUGCAAGAGAAACAUGAAGCUAAAAUCUACCCGUAAAAAUGACUACUGCUUAUGGAAUUGUAAAAGUUCAAGACAUCCUGGACAAACCUGUAAUCGGACUGUCAGAACAGGGUCAAUUUUUGAGAAUUCGAGGUGCUCUCUAUUCCAGUGGUUGAAAUUUAUUUACAGGUUCUCACAAGGGCUCAGGCUCAGGCAGAUUGACCUAAUCAGUGAUGGCAUUGCUGGAAGCAGUAGAACACUAAGCAGAAUGGCAAAAAAAUUAAGGAACGUCUGCAUUAUUUCAAUGGAAAGACUGAGAGCAAGGAAUAAAGUUUGUGUGGGUGGAAGAAGAGAAUUUGUCAUAAUAGAUGAAAGCAGCUUCCGACAUAAGCGAAAGUAUGCCCGUGGGCGUUUUGGAAGAACCUGGCAAAGAAAGAAAUGGGUCUUCGGAAUGAUGGGAGUUAAAAAGGACAGAAGAAGACCAGUGCUGAAACUUGUGGAAAGAAGGUCAAGACACCACCUAUUGCCUCUGAUUAGACAGCAUGUGAAGCAAGGCAGUACCAUUAUCAGUGACCAAUGGAGGACAUACAGGAAUGCCUUAGGAAAUAUGGGAUACAUCCACUGUACUGUGAAUCACAGUCAGUGUUUUGUUGAUCCUCAAUCAGGUAGUCAUACACAACAUUUAGAAAGAGCAUGGUCAACUUUUAAGCAACACAUCUGGAGACAAAGGGGAAACAGAACUGAGGCGUUGUUAACAGAGCAUCUUGCGGUUAUUGAGUGGUCAUACUGGGCAGGAAGAAAACAUCCUGAUGGGUUACUAGGGCAGCUGUUCAAAGAUAUUUUGCAUGCAUAUCCGUUGUAAAGCACACACCCCAGCCCCCUUCCAUUUUACUAGUGAUGUUAAAAAGUUUUUUUCUAUAGUAUACAAUUGUGGCUUUAUACAUGAUGACAUUUCAACUGUCAUCUAUUGAUUAUAAUUUUGUCUUGUCUUUGCUGAAAAAGACUCAUGGAUGCAUAGAUCUGUAAACUUUGCCAAUAUUCUACAUCAAACAAACAAAAGCAAUGUAAAUCCAGUCGCAAGUUGAUGUACUUGUAUGUUUAAGUAUGUAGCUAUAUAAAACUGUAACAGAAUAUUUUGUGAAAAAGUGAAAAUGGAAUGACAAUAUAUGAAAAUAAAUUAUAUUGGAAUUAUUGGAACAAUUGCACACAAGGCAUCUUCAUUAGCCCAUUGAGGCUUUUUUUUUUUUUUUCUUUGCAGGAGUUAUUUUUUUAAAAUAUUAAAUUAAUGUUCAAUAAAUUAUACUUUGGGGUUUCCUUUGAGUUACAGUUCACUGAUGUUCACUUUUCAUUAAGGUUCAUUUUCACAGAUUACUAACAUUUAUAACUCAUUAAUAAAUGGUUCACAGGUCUUCACUUCACAUUAAGGUUCCUAUUCACCAGUUACUAACAUUUAUAACUCAUUAAUAAAUGGUUCACAGGUCUUCACUUUACAUUAAUGUUCCCAUUCACCAGUUACUAACAUUUAUAACUCAUUAAUAAAUGGUUCACAGGUCUUCACUUUACAUUAAUGUUCCCAUUCACCAGUUACUAACAUUUAUAACUCAAUAAUAAAUGGUUCACAGGUCUUCACUUUACAUUAAUGUUCCCAUUCACCAGUUACUAACAUUUAUAACUCAUUAAUAAAUGGUUCACAGGUCUUCACUUUACAUUAAUGUUCCCAUUCACCAGUU